ACAUCAUUUAGUGAACGUUUUUCCCCCGUCUACGCAUCAACAGAGCAAGAGAUUCUGAUUUGUUCCUCAAGCCCUUCACAUUUUCAAAACCGCCUCCAAUUCAGUUCUUUGCCAAUUAAAAAUCAUGAAAGUCUCACCAGAGAAUCGCUCCACAAUAUUCAUAUUAAUUGGUGUGACCUCCGGGUUUGUGAUUGGAGUAAUCCUGAAAAACCUGACCCCUCAGCCCUGGACGGAUCGUCAGCUUAUAUAUUUCCAGUUCCCGGGGGAGUUAUUUCUCAGAGGUGUCAAUUGCGUUAUUCUUCCGCUGAUUGUUUCGAGCAUUGUGAGUGCCACUUGUCGUGUGAGUACCUCCGGAAGUAUUGGGAUUAAGGCCUUGAUGUACUAUCUGACAACGACAGCACUGGGAAUAACUCUGUGCGUUCUACUUGCUGUGACAAUUCGACCUGGAGAAUUCCAUAAAAUUGAGAAUAGUGGAGGUUUUAAUUAUUCGAGGCAUUUCGUGACGACAGACACUUUUUUGGAUUUGCUAAGGAAUCUUGUGACAGAUAAUUUAGUAGCAUCCUGUCUCUAUCAAUACCAAACUAUUCUGAUAAACCUCGAAGAUGGAACGGAUAACUCAACUUCAGGUGACCUUUACUCCUGGAUAAUUUCGCACAAAAACAUUCCGGGUACGAACGUUCUGGGGCUCGUAGCAUUCAGUUUACUUUUGGGAGUCGCCGUCGGUGAAUUAAAAGAACAGGGAAAACCGCUGUUGGAUUUUUUCAAUGCAGUCUCCGAGGUCAGCAUGAUGGUGAUGGACUCCUUAAUCUCGAUCGUCCCGAUAGGAGUUCUGUUCCUGAUCCCGGGGAAAAUCCUCCAGAGUGAAGACGUCGGGGCGAUGAUAUCCAGAUUGGGAGUUUACGUUGCCACCGUCUUUCUCGGAUUAUUGAUUCAUGGACUGAUUGUUCUUCCGGUUUUUUAUUUCAUCUGUACGCGCAAGUCGCCGUUCAAUGUUUUAUUAAAAAUUGGACCCGCGAUUGUUACGGCCAUUGGAACAUCAUCUAGUACAGCGACAGUUCCUGUGACUCUCAAAUGCCUGGACGACCUCAACGUCAACCAGAAGGUCUCGAGGUUCAUGGUUCCAAUCGGCGCAACGAUUAACAUGGAUGGAAUCGCUUUGUACGAGACGAUAGGAGCAAUAUUCAUCAUCCAACUGCGAGGUCUGGAGUUCUCUCUGACUGGAAUCAUCGCGAUAGCGAUAACUUGCACUGUCUCCUGCAUCGGAGCUGCUGGACUUCCCAACGGAGGCUACGUCAUGUUAAUUGUGGUCCUGCAAUCCCUAGGAAUCCCCGCGGAGGACGUGACUUUGAUCAUCACAAUCGACAGUUUAGUCGAUAGAGUUCGAACGACUGUGAACAUAAUAGCGGACGCUCUCGGUGCAUCUCUCGUGUCUCACUUCACGAAGCCCGACGAAGAUAUUCAUGACGAAUUUGAAAUUGAACCUUUGUCUCUCGAAAAUACCAAAUUGUGAAGAAAGCAGUCACCAUUCUAUCCAAUAAAAGAGGAAUAGAGCUGCGUAUUUCCCUUGAAUGUGGACUUCUUAAAACGAUUUGAAAUUAUUUAACACAGCACGCAACACAGACAAUUGAAAACCAAUUUUGCGUAAUACAAUUUUUUCAUUCGGAAAAAAAAUUAAGGUCCUAAAUCCACAUAUUCUCCGCUCCUAAUAACAAUUGAAAUAAGACUGACAAUAAUUCCUGAUGUCUUGAAUGAAUUAAACGAGAAAUGAAACUUAAAUUCGCAAAUUCAUUGUUAAACUUAAUUCCUCAGAUUGGAAAAUUAUCCCGCC